AUGGACAAGAUUGUGUGGCCGUCCAUAACAAAGGAUCACUACUCAUCUGUGUGUUUGGCUUCAUUCACGGAACGAAAGUCCAAACGUGUCGUAUUGCAGCGGGUCGACGCCACGAUUCAGCGAUGCUCGCGCACAGUGGCCGCUUGCAAGCGAUUUCAAGCCAUCCGGCAAUAUUUGCCUCAAAAUACAUCUACGGCGACCCAGCAUAUGGAGUAA